AUGUGGAAACCAUUUGAAGCUGGUAGUUCUCCAAUUGAUUGGUGUGAACGUAAUUACAGUAUUUCUUCUAGUAUUGCAGAAUUUAUGAAUACGGUUUGUAUUUUACAAUAAUAUAAAUCAAAAUUCUUCUUUUCUUUGUUGUUUAUAUAACAUAUAUUUCUAAGAUAUUAAAUAAUUAUUGUACUUUUAUUUACAGUUAAGUAAUGUAGUAUUUUUGUUACUUCCUCCUAUUUUAAUGCAUCUCUUUAGAGAUUAUGGUCGAUUUGUGAAUCCUGGAAUUCAUAUAAUUUGGUUUUUACUGAUGAUAGUAGGUCUUAGCAGUGCAUAUUUUCAUGCUACUUUAUCCCUGAUAGGACAAUUGUUAGAUGAAUUAGCAAUUUUAUGGGUAUACAUGGCUGGUUUCUGUAUGUUUCUUCCAAGAAGAUAUUUUCCAAAUAUUUUACAUAAUGAUAGAAAACUUCUUGCCAUAUGUGCAACUUUACCAACUCUUGUUGCAACUGGCUUAUCAUUUAUACAUCCUGCAAUAAAUGCAUUUGCUUUAAUGAGCCUUGGUAUACCUGCAUUUGGAUUUAUGAUCAUUGAGUUAAAAAGACUGGGUUUACGAUGUGGUGCUGUAUGGUUAUUAGCAGUUGCUUGUUGGCUAAAUGAUCGUUUAUUUUGUGAUACUUGGUUAAACUUGAAUUUCCCUUAUUUACAUGCACUUUGGCAUUUGUUUAUUUUUAUCGCAAGUUAUACAGCAGCUGUACUUUUUGCAUAUUUCUCUGUGAAAGAGGAAAAGCCACAGCAAUCACCAGUACUAAAAUAUUGGCCAAAGGAUGAUUUUGAACUUGGUAUACCAUAUGUGCAUCACAUUGGUUGUUCUUGUUUUCAAACCGUCAUGCCGGUAACGCCCUAGAUCUUAUAAUAAUUAGUCAUCUCGUGGAAUAUGCAAUGCUUAAUAUACUUUAA